GCGCCUGGCUGGGCCCAGCCGAGCGGGAGGGACCGAGGGAGGGAGCGAGCGGAGCGGCGUCGCCGGAGCCAAGCCGCGCCGCGCCGCCGGCCCGCCAGCCCGCGCUCCAGUCCGCCGUGUCUAGCAGCGGGGCCCAGCAUGGUCAUGGCGGAUGGCCCGAAGCACUUGCAGCGCGGGCCGGUCCGGGUGGGGUUCUACGACAUCGAGGGCACGCUGGGGAAGGGUAACUUCGCUGUGGUGAAGCUGGGGCGGCACCGGAUCACCAAGACGGAGGUGGCGAUAAAAAUAAUAGAUAAAUCUCAGCUGGAUGCAGUGAACCUUGAGAAAAUCUACCGAGAAGUACAAAUAAUGAAAAUGUUAGACCACCCUCACAUCAUCAAACUUUAUCAGGUAAUGGAGACCAAAAAUAUGUUGUAUCUUGUGACAGAAUAUGCCAAAAAUGGAGAAAUUUUUGACUACCUUGCUAAUCACGGCCGAUUAAAUGAGUCUGAGGCCAGGCGCAAAUUCUGGCAAAUCCUGUCUGCUGUUGAUUAUUGUCAUGGACGGAAGAUCGUGCACCGUGAUCUCAAGGCUGAAAAUCUCCUGCUGGAUAGCAACAUGAACAUCAAGCUAGCAGAUUUCGGUUUUGGAAAUUUCUUUAAAAGUGGUGAACUGCUGGCAACAUGGUGUGGCAGCCCCCCUUAUGCAGCCCCAGAAGUCUUUGAAGGGCAGCAGUAUGAAGGACCACAGCUGGAUAUUUGGAGCAUGGGAGUUGUUCUUUAUGUCCUUGUCUGUGGAGCUCUGCCUUUUGAUGGACCGACUCUUCCAAUUUUGAGGCAGAGAGUUUUAGAAGGAAGAUUCCGGAUUCCAUAUUUCAUGUCAGAAGAUUGUGAGCACCUUAUUCGAAGGAUGUUGGUCCUAGACCCGUCCAAACGGCUAACGAUAGCUCAAAUCAAGGAGCAUAAAUGGAUGCUCGUAGAAGUUCCUGUACAGAGACCUGUUCUUUAUCCACAAGGGCAAGAAAAUGAGCCAUCCAUUGGGGAAUUUAAUGAACAGGUUCUGCGGUUGAUGCACAGCCUUGGAAUAGAUCAGCAGAAAACCAUUGAGUCUUUGCAGAACAAGAGCUAUAACCACUUUGCUGCCAUUUAUUACUUGUUGGUGGAGCGCCUGAAAUCACAUCGGAGCAGUUUUCCCGUGGAGCAGAGACUCGAUGCCCGCCAGCGGCGGCCUAGCACCGUGGCUGAACAAACAGUUGCCAAGGCGCAAACGGUGGGGCUCCCGGUGACCAUGCAUUCACCAAACAUGCGGCUGAUGCGGUCUGCCCUCCUCCCACAGGCGUCCAACGUGGAGGCCUUUUCAUUCCCAGCAUCCGGCUGCCAGGCGGAAGCCGCAUUUAUGGAAGAAGAGUGUGUCGACACGCCAAAGGUAAAUGGCUGUCUUCUGGACCCCGUGCCUCCUGUCCUGGUGAGGAAGGGGUGCCAGUCGUUGCCCAGCAACAUGAUGGAGACCUCCAUCGAUGAGGGGCUGGAGACAGAGGGAGAGGCUGAGGAAGAUCCCAGUCAGGCCUUCGAUGCAUUCCAGUCCACGCGCAGCGGGCAGAGACGGCACACUCUGUCAGAAGUGACCAAUCAGCUGGUCGUGGUGCCUGGUUCAGGGAAAAUUUUCUCCAUGAGUGACAAUCCCUCCCUUGACAGUGUGGACUCUGAGUAUGAUAUGGGGUCUGUUCAGAGGGACCUGAACUUUCUGGAGGACAACCCUUCCCUUAAGGACAUCAUGUUAGCCAAUCAGCCCUCCCCACGCAUGACGUCUCCCUUCAUCAGCCUGAGACCUGCCAACCCAGCCAUGCAGGCUUUGAGCUCCCAGAAGCGAGAGGCCCACAACAGGUCGCCAGUGAGCUUCAGAGAGGGCCGCAGGGCGUCAGAUACCUCCCUCACCCAAGGAAUUGUGGCAUUUAGACAACAUCUUCAGAAUCUGGCCAGAACCAAAGGAAUCUUAGAGUUGAACAAAGUGCAGCUGCUGUAUGAACAAAUAGGACCCGAGGCAGACCCUGACGUGGCACCAGCGGCUCAGCUCCAGGACCUCGCCGGCAGUUGCCCUCAGGAGGAAGUCUCUCAGCAGCAGAAGACAGUCUCUGCUGUGGCCAGCAGCGUGCGUCCCCAGCUCUCCCCGCGCCAGAGCCUGGAGGCCCAGUACCUACAGCAUAGACUCCAGAAGCCCAGCCUUCUGUCAAAAGCCCAGAACACCUGUCAGCUUUAUUGUAAAGAACCACCACGGAGCCUCGAACAGCAGCUGCAGGAACACAGACUCCAACAGAAGCGACUCUUUCUCCAGAAACAGUCUCAGCUGCAGGCGUACUUUAAUCAGAUGCAGAUAGCCGAGAGCUCGUACCCACCGAGUCAGCAGCUGCCCCUGCCCCGCCAGGAGACAUCCACGCCGUCCCCGCAGCCCCCGCCCUUCAGCCUGCCCCAGCCCCUGAGCCCCGUCCUGGAGCCCGCCUCCGAGCAGAUGCAGUACAGCCCCUUCCUCGGCCAGUACCAGGAGCUGCAGCUGCAGCCCCUGCCCUCCGCGCCCCGGCCCCGGGCGCCUCCGCUGCCCGCACACCUGCAUCAGCAGCCGCCGCCACCGCCGCCACCGCCGCCCCCCCCGCAGCAGGCAGGAGCCGCCCCGGCCCCCUUACCGUUCUCCUAUCAGACUUGCGAGCUGCCAGGGGCCGCCUCCCCAGAGCCAGACUACCCCUCGCCGUGUCAGUACCCCAUGGAUGGAGCCCCGCAGAGCGGCCUAGCAGCACAGGACUGUCCCCGGAGCUCGGGACUGCAGGAGGCCCCCUCCAGCUACGACCCUCUUGCCCUCGCAGAGUUCCCCGGACUCUUCGAUUGUGAAAUGCUGGAGGCUGUGGACCCACAGCACAGUGGCUACGUCCUGGUAAAUUAACCUCAGCACAGGAAGUAAGGCGGGUCAAGUGA